AUGGCGAAGAAAAAACACGAAAUGACAGCUGGACAGGAAGGAGCCAACAAGGGGCCACCAAAAAAGAAAGCAAAGAAGGAGAAGGAACGUGAUGCAGGCGUCAAAAUGGAAGUCAAAGAGGAAAAGGAUCAAGAGUCUGAGGACAUCGAGACUGCGUUGGAGAAGGAGAUUGACAAGUCAAGCCAGGGACAUGGGGCGUCUAAAAGGCCAGCUCCAGUGGUUCCAACAAAGCGUUUUCGGAAGAAGUCCUCUGGCUUGCCACAGAUGGCUGAAACAGCAGCUUCUGCGAACACCGAAGAAAAGAAAGAAAAGACGAAGGGAACUACAAAGUCAAAGAACGAAUCAACUGUUGUCACAGAGAAGUUCGAGGACGGUUGGACUGUUGAGAUCCGCCAUCGGUUAUCCGGAAAGGCUGCUGGGCAGUGCUACAAGGUCUUUAAGGACAAGUCGGGAACAAGCCACUGGACCAUGAAGCAAGCUAAAGAAAAAGGGUUCAAGGAUCCUGAUGGCAAAGUAGCUGCUGCUCAAACCUGA